CUGUGGGCUGAGGGGAUGUCUCUGGCCGGCGGGGACGGGGGCGGCGGCUUCUCCAGAUCCCUGGGAUCUGUGGGGGCCUCCGAGGUCCCCGGCCGGAGCGGGUGGAGGGGCUCGGGGUCGCGGAGGAGCCUCGGGAGACCCGGGUCUGUGGGUUGGCAAGAGCAGGCGAAGGGGCCCAAGGUCUGCGGGGAUCUGGCGGACCCUGAGGUCGGCGGGCUGCGGGGGUCUCCGCGGCCCCCGGCCCGAGGGGCUGUGAGCCGACAAGGCCUGGGGCUCGGCGGCCCCGGCUCUGUGGGGGAGUCCGGGGUCCCCGGCCGCAGGGGCUGGGGGCCGACGGGCGCCGGGGGGCCCGGGGACGGCAGCCGGAGGUGCUGCGGGUCUCCGGGCGCGGACGCCCCAGCCCGACCGCCGGCCUUGGCGCCGCCCCGCCUGACAUCAGUUCCUGCCGCCGCCGCCGCCGCUGCCGCCGCCGCCGCCGCCGCCGCCGCCGCCGCGCACAGCCCGCGGCCUCCUCCCCGCCGGCCGCGCUCCGGAGCCGCCGGGCCGCGGCGGAGCGAGGGCCCGGGCGAGGCGAGGGCGGGGCGGCGGGCGCCGGGCCCCGCGGCCGGCACGACGGAGCCCCCGCACGGCCGGCGGCAGCGGUUGGCGGCGGCCCCGGGCCCCCGGCGCGGGAAGCGGCGGCGGCGGGGCGGCGGCGGCAGCGGCGGCGCCAUGGAGCCGCGGGAGGUGAAGGACCGGAUCCUGGAGAACAUCUCGCUGUCGGUGAAGAAGUUGCAGAGCUACUUUGCGGCCUGUGAGGAGGAGACCCCCGCCAUCCGGAACCACGACAAGGUCCUGCAGCGUCUGUGUGAGCACCUGGACCAUGCCCUGCUGUACGGACUGCAAGACCUCUCGUCGGGCUACUGGGUGCUCGUGGUGCACUUCACCCGGAGAGAGGCCGUCCGACAGAUCGAGGUGCUGCAGCAUGUGGCCACCAACCUGGGCCGCAGCAGGGCCUGGCUGUACCUGGCGCUCAACGAGAACUCCCUGGAGAGCUACCUGCGGCUGUUCCAGGAGAACCUGGGCCUCCUGCAUAAGUACUAUGUCAAGAAUGCCCUGGUCUGCAGUCACGAUCACCUGACUCUCUUCCUGACCUUGGUGUCUGGGCUGGAGUUCAUUCGAUUCGACCUGGAUCUGGACGCCCCGUACCUAGACUUGGCCCCCUACAUGCCUGACUACUACAAACCGCAGUACCUGCUAGACUUCGAAGACCGCCUCCCCAGCUCCGUGCAAGGCUCGGACAGCCUGUCCCUCAACUCCUUCAACUCCGUCACCUCCACCAACCUGGAGUGGGAUGACAGCGCCAUUGCCCCAUCCAGUGAGGAUUAUGAUUUUGGAGAUGUGUUUCCAGCAGUGCCGUCUGUACCCAGCACAGACUGGGAAGAUGGAGACCUCACAGACACCGUCAGCGGCCCCCGCUCCACUACUUCGGACCCGACCAGCAGCAAAGCUUCCACCAAGAGCCCCACCCAGCGCCACAACCCCUUCAGCGAGGACCCGGCAGAGACCGUGUCCUCCUCUGACACCACCCCAGUGCACACCACCUCUCAGGAGAAGGGCGAAUCCCACACUCUCGACCUGCCAGACACCUGCACAGAGCUCGAAGUCAUUAGGGUCACCAAGAAGAAGAAAACCGGCAAGAAGAAGAAGACGAGGUCGGAUGAGGAAGCCAGUCCACUUCACCCCGCCUCCACCCAGGACACCGGUGCCCGGCGGGGAGACGGCGACAGCCUGAUCAGCAGUCCAGGCCUGGGGCGGGCCUCCCCCGAUGCCACCAUUACGCCCCCCCAGGAGGAGGGAGAGGGGCCCGGCAGCACGGCGGAGAGCAGCGAGCUCUCGGAGCCCGGCCAGAUGGGCCUGCUUAUCCCCGAGAUGAAGGACACCUCCAUGGAGCGCUUGGGGCAGCCCCUGAGCAAGGUGAUCGACCAGCUCAACGGGCAGCUGGACCCCAGCACCUGGUGCUCCCACGUCCAGUCCCCAGACCAGUCCUUUCGGACCGGCUCCCCCGGGGAAGCCCCGGAGAAGCCGCCAUUUUGCGACUUUAGUGAGGGGCUUCCAGCCCCAAUGGACUUCUACCGCUUUACCAUUGAGAGUCCAAGCACUCUUACGGCAGGUGGCAGCAACCAUGACUCUGCAGGGCCGGGCCAACCGCUGCAUGUUCCUGGUAGCCCUGCGACUGCUGGCCAAGAAGAGGGAGGAGGAGGAAGAGAGGGGCAGACGCCUGGGCCCCUAGAGGACGCCCCCCCGAGGGAGGCCCCAGAGCCGGGGACCCAGGAGCCGGACGCCAAGCUGCCCCUGGUCGGGGAGGGACCUGAGCCGGAGCUGGAGCCUGGGACCCACGAGACUCUGUGCCAGCUCAAGCGAGACCAGCCCAGCCCGUGUCUGAGCAGCGCAGAGGACUCCGGGGUGGAUGAGGGGCAGGGCAGCCCCUCUGACAUGAGCCACUCGGCAGAGUUCAGAGUGGACAACAAUCACUUGCUUCUGCUGAUGAUCCACGUGUUUCGAGAAAACGAGGAGCAGCUCUUCAAGAUGAUCCGGAUGAGCACAGGGCACAUGGAGGGCAACCUGCAGCUGCUCUACGUGCUGCUCACGGACUGCUACGUCUACCUGCUGCGGAAAGGGGCUGCGGAAAAGCCAUACCUGGUGGAAGAGGCCGUUUCAUACAACGAACUUGACUAUGUGUCGGUGGGCCUGGACCAGCAGACCGUGAAGCUCGUGUGCACCAACCGCAGGAAGCAGUUCCUGCUGGACACGGCCGACGUGGCCCUGGCCGAGUUCUUCUUGGCGUCUUUAAAGUCUGCCAUGAUCAAAGGCUGCCGGGAACCACCUUACCCCAGUGUCCUGACUGAUGCCACCAUGGAGAAGCUGGCACUGGCCAAAUUUGUGGCCCAGGAGUCUAAGUGUGAGGCCACUGCUGUCACUGUGCGCUUCUAUGGGCUUGUCCACUGGGAGGACCCCAUGGACGAGUCCCUGGGUCCCAUCCCCUGCCACUGCUCACCCCCCGAGGGCGUCAUCACCAAAGAAGGCAUGCUGCAUUACAAGGCGGGCACCUCCUACUUGGGCAAAGAGCACUGGAAGACAUGCUUCGUGGUACUCAGCAAUGGAAUCCUCUACCAGUACCCCGACCGCACUGAUGUCACCCCGCUGCUCUCGGUGAACAUGGGGGGGGAGCAGUGCGGUGGCUGUCGGAGAGCCAACACCACGGAUCGGCCCCACGCCUUCCAGGUCAUCCUCGCCGACCGGCCGUGCCUGGAGCUGAGCGCUGACAGCGAGGCCGACAUGGCCGACUGGAUGCAGCAUCUCUGCCAGGCCGUGUCCAAAGGGGUCAUCCCCCAGGGGGUGACUCCCAGCCCCUGCAUCCCCUGCUGCCUAGUGAUCGCCGCCGACCGCCUCUUCACGUGCCACGAGGACUGCCAGACCAGCUUCUUCCGUUCCCUGGGCACAGCCAAGCUGGCCGACGUCAGUGCUGUUGCUACGGAACCGGGCAAGGAGUACUGUGUCUUGGAGUUUUCCCAGGACAGCCAGCAGGCCCUCCCACCCUGGGUCAUCUACUUGAGCUGCACAUCUGAACUGGACCGAUUCCUGUCUGCACUGAGCUCUGGGUGGAAAACUAUCUACCAGGUGGACCUCCCCCACAAGGCCAUCCAGGAAGCCUCCAACAAGAAGUUCGAGGACGCCCUGAGCCUCAUCCACAGCGCCUGGCAGCGGAGCGACAGCCUAUGCCGGGGCAGAGCCUCCCGGGACCCCUGGUGCUGAGGAGGAGCCAGUCGGCAUCCCGGGGCCAGGAGGGGCCUGCUAGCAGCACCCACUAUCCCCUCGUGUGGCUUGGGGCCAGGGUUGCCCCUGUGUUCCAUGGCCCACUCCCGCCCUGGGGGACAGAAGCACUGACGGGGGCU